GUCGUCUGUUUACUGCUCUGUGUCAGGAAGUAACUUCCUGCUUGUCCUUAAAUCAAACUUCCCCAUUCUUUCUUUCGGAAAAGCCCCAGAUGUUGCUCAUAGACAGUUAAAGGACGGAGCUGCUGCACCACCCCCCCCCCCCCCCCCCCCCCCCGGGGCGGAGACGUGACGACCUCACGGCGGAGCCUCUGGUCUGGCUUUUAUAAAUCAGCCAAAGUGCUCCGAGGACCCACAACAACAGGUCCGCAGAGAGCGACACCUGCCCUGAGAAAUGCAAAGCCUUCCCAAGCCCCAGUUUUCCAGCUGGCUCAUAGAGCAGGUGGAGACAGGCCAGUACAAGGGCCUGCACUAUGUGGGCCAAAACCAGUUCAGAGUCCCCUGGAAGCACAACUCCAGACGAGACUGCAAUGACGAGGACAGUAAGAUAUUCCGGGCAUGGGCAAUAGCGAGUGGAAAGAUCAACGAGUUCCCCAACGACAAGGCCAGGUGGAAAACCAACUUCCGAUGUGCUCUGAACAACCUCUCUGUGCGCUUCAAGAUGAUCAAGGAUAAUUCCAAGAAUCACGAGAAUACAGACGACCCUCAUAAAAUCUAUGAGAUUAUCAACACUGAGUACAACUAUGAAAGUCCGCCUACACAAGACUUCCAGGAGGAUCCUGUCAUCUACAGCUCUCCUAUAGAGUACAUCCCCUCAGGAAAUGAGCAUAACCUGCUUAACAACUUAAUGGCUUUGGAUCUUGGCAACCAGCAAUCAGAGGAGCAACUGUGGGUUGAGUAUGGACAGCACAAUCCAGGUCUUCCUGAAAGCUAUCAUGAAGCAGCCGAGGACCCCCCUCAGCUUUUACCGGAUCAGCCUUCUUACUGUGAAGUAAAUCCUCCGCCAGUCCUCAGUUCACCUCUGCAGCCUAGUAUAUAUGACUUGGAGAUCUCCAUCCACUACAGGAAAAAAGAAAUGCUAAAGAUGACGUUGAGCACCGCCCUUCUCCAGCUCCACUACCAGCAGGAGGCCCCUGAGUUCAACGCUCAUCAUCUUUGCUUCCCCUCCACGGAUGGUCUGCUGGACCACAAACAGAUUGAGUACACCAACCGCAUCCUUAACAGCAUCCAGAGAGGUCUGUUCCUACAGGUAGAGAACACUGGUAUCUAUGCCUGGAGGCAGGACCGGUGCCAUGUGUUUGCCAGCACCAGUGACCCCAGUGUGGCUCACCCAGACCCAACCAAGCUGCCCCAGAACACCAUGGUGCAGCUCCUCAGCUUUGAGAAGUAUGUUAAUGAACUGAAGCAGUUUAAAGAGAACAAUGGUAGCUCUCCAGACUACACCCUCAACAUGUGCUUUGGAGAGAAGUUUCCUGAUGGAAAACCUUUGGAGAAGAAGCUCAUCAUAGUCAAGGUGGUCCCUCUGAUCUGUCGACACCUCCAUGAGGUGGCCCAGAUGGAGGGGGCUUCAUCUCUUCACAGCGCCAACGUCAGCCUCCAGAUAUCCCACAACAGCCUCUAUGAUCUUAUUAGCUCGGUCUUUGGUCUGCCGGCAGAUGAAGAUCCAGCACGGGCUGCUGCGCCUUUUCUACCUCAGAUCUGACAUUUUGUCUCUUAUUUGCCCCUAAUGGGGACUAUUUACUACCGAUGGCACACCACGCUCUUACCCAAAGUUACGCUAAAAUGUAGCCAAACUGGUGACAUAUUGAAUAUGUUGACCAGAUAAAGUGGAAGGACAAACAAUUAAAUUAUUUAGUAUUAUAGUAAAUAUUGCAUCAUCUGCCAUUACUCAUUAACUGUAACCGCACCCUCCUGCCCUGCAUUAUCCUCUGAACACAUUAGUCACAAACGUCAGGCAUUUUUAUCACUACAUAAGAAGUUAACUCCACUAUUGGACUGUUACAACUCAUAAGCCAAUAACUUUUAUACUUUAGAAUACAUGUUUGAUUACUGUAAAUGUCAAAUCAUCUUAAUGAAAUAUAUGGUUUGGUUGAAAUUGUAUUUAUGUAGUAACCGAAUAAUGCCUAACAUGCUGGUAAAUCUUAACAUGGGUUAGCUUUUUAAACACAUAUUUACGAGCUUGUAAAAUGCAAAGAAAAGUAAACUAUAACUGUGUAUGUAGAGGUUUGUCCUGCAGCCAUUGACACUCACUCACUCGUGGUGAAUUGUUUUGCACUUCAGAAUGUCUUAUUUAUAUACUCCGCUGGUUAUUUUUUAACUUUUUACCUUGAAUAAAACUGGCAUUUACCUGUGAA